UGCCUCAAUUUACUGUCGCUUUACAUACUGCCCACUAAGGGUGUCAAUUAUUUUUCAUUUUUUGUAGGCACAGGAAAAGAAGUAGAGACAAACCAUACUUCUACUAUAGUUGGACUAUGGAAUAGUAUACUGUAAUCCGCUGCACCUCUCCCUAUCUCGAUUUACCAAUCCUUACUUCCCAUUUUUUACUGUGUCUUUACCAACCCCCAAUCCACCCACUAAUUUGUAGGCACAGGAAAAGAAGUAGAGACAAACUUGACUACAGUUGGACUAUAGAAUAGUGUACUCUUUCUUGUUGCACUUGCUGUCCAUUUACCAAUCCUCCCACACUACCCAUGAGGGUUUACACUUUUUACUUGCCUAUUUGUUGUGUGAGAUGUGAUUGUGUACUAUCACUAAUUGCAGGCUUUUCAACGGUGGCAGAUAGCAUUAGCCCCCUGGAAAUGGCACAUGUGAGUUUUUAUUUCCGUAUCACAGCUCUCUGCAUGAUCGAACAACUCUAAUCCGUGUAUCUCUACAGGUUGCAUUUGAGUCAGAGCAGUGGGUGCUGUACCUCAUGAUCUGCAACCUCCUCUCGGGGAUAUUUGUUGCCUUAAACAUUGGUCAUCAGUUGCUGAACGUGUCGCGAAGAGAGACCACUUACUUUGAUGCAACUGGCCAAGCUGCAUAUCGGAAGGAGAGGCAAAGAGCAAAGUCAAGCUUUAUGAAAAGACUGCAAAUGGUUCGGCUGUUUUUUGUCAACUAUCCCAAGUGGUACAAUCUCAGUGAUGCUACCGGAACUAAAGGUGGAGGUCGAAGAAGGAGAAUUAAACAUUCCCAUGUUGUAUGACACUUUUUCAUCUCGUGAUAUGAUUUUCAGCGGAAGCUCCGUUGUGUCCUUUGCGCAUGCGCUGCGAAAAUAUCAGAUACGCCUACCUUUCGCAGUGCAAGCUAGCUAGCCUAUUGUGCUGCUAGCGCGUUACGCUUUUCUUUCAGACGAUCGAGGGAGGAUCGAAGAAGUGUCUUGCAGUUAACCUGACGAUAAGUUGGCAGCUGAUCCAGGGUGCAAGACGACCAAGGAAGGACAACAAGAUCGCGAUUGCUGCAGUUUAGGGGCGGGGCUCGUACUGCAAUGGCCACUCAGGCGGCGCACGGGUUCGAGCAAGGCCGAAUCAAGAAACUGCAGGACGAGCGUGAGACGAUCCAAAAGAAGACGUUCACCAAAUGGAUGAACUCCUUUCUGGGGCCCGCUGGACACAGAGUGGGGGACCUUUUUACCGACCUCAGUGAUGGUCGCCUGCUCAUCAAACUGCUUGAAGUUCUAUCAGGAGAGAAGAUUGGUCAUGCAGGCAGAGGGAGGCUGAGAAUCAACAAGAUUGAGAAUGUCGGGAAAGCGAUUCAUUUCCUUCAGGAGAAAAAAGUGAAUUUGGAGAAUAUUGGAGCAGAAGACAUUGUGGAUGGGAACCCUCGUCUCAUCCUUGGUCUAAUCUGGACCAUUAUUCUCAGGUUUCAGAUUCAGGACAUUCAGUUGGAGGAUGAGAGCAGUGAGAUGAAGUCAGCCAAAGAGGCUCUACUGCUGUGGUGUCAGAGAAAGACUCAUGGAUACGCAGGAGUGAGUGUGAAAAAUUUUAGCAGCAGUUGGAAAAGUGGACUGGCAUUCAACGCUCUGAUACAUAAACACAGGCCUGACCUGAUCGACUACAGUGCUCUAAGGCCAUCUCAGCAUCUACACAAUCUCAACAAUGCAUUUGACGUUGCAGAAAAAGAACUUGGCCUUUCAAGGCUGCUGGAUGCAGAAGAUGUGGAUGUGCCUCGGCCUGAUGAUAAGUCAAUCAUGACAUACCUGGUCACCUACUACCACUACUUCUCCAAGAUGAAGGCUGAGGAGACUGGAGGUAGAAGGCUCAACAAGAUCAUUGGGCUGAUGGUUGAGAUUGAGAACAUGAAGACUGAAUACGACGAGAUGACAACCGCACUACUCGAGUGGAUUGAGAAGACAAUUGUUCGACUUAGCAAUCGCUCCUUCCCAAACUCCCUUCCUGAGAUGCAGCAGCUCAUGACCGACUUCAAAACAUACCGAACUGUGGAGAAGCCUCCAAAGUAUACUGAGCGUAGCAAUCUGGAGAUCCAACUGUUCAACAUUCAGAUGAAGCUGAGGGCCAGCCGACAGAAGACGUGGUACCCUCCUGAGGGAAAACUCGUCUCAGACAUCAACAAGGCAUGGGUGAGGCUGGAGGCGGCAGAACAUGAGAGAGAGGUAGCCCUAAGGAAAGAGUUGAUGAGGCAAGAAAAGUUACUGCAGUUGGCAGAGAAGUUUGCCCGGAAGGCGGCUCUGCGGGAGUCGUGGCUCAGUGACAUGGGACAGGUUCUGCAAGAACUGGACAAGGGGAAAGACAAGAGUGCUGUGGACGCUGCUCUCAAGCGUCACGAAGCCAUCAGUGCUGAUGUCCAUGCUGGGGAGUCCAGGAUUCAGGUGGUGAGGGACUUGUGUGCAGAGCUGACUACAGAGAAAUACCACGACUCUCCUGCCAUUCAGAGCAGGCAAGGGGUGAUAGAGAGGAAGUGGAGCGAUCUUCUGGCAGCACUGGAAGCAUGCAAAAGCACCCUCUCUUGCUACCACGACCUCAUGUCUGUCUUCUCAGAGAUGAGCGACUGCCUUGCAACUAUGGCUCAGAUUGAGGUGUCUCUCAAGUCAGAAGACUAUGGGAAGCAUCUACUGGGAGUCCAGGACCUACUGCAGAAGUACUCCCUCACUGAGGCUGACAUUACCACACAGACUGACAGGGCUAAAGCACUCAAGACUCAGUCGCGGAAGUUUGUCGAUGAGAAACAUCCUGAUAGUGCCAAGAUAGUGGCUCGCAGUCGAGACUUGGACGAAGCUUCCCAGCGACUUCACACUUUCUCUGCCACUAGGAAAGACAGACUUCAGGAGAGUCUAAGAGUACAGGAGUUCUUCCUGCAAGUGGAUGAAGAGGAGGCGUGGAUACGAGAGAGGGAGCCUCAGGCCAGCUCCACCGACUACGGCAAGGACCACUCUGGAGUGGUAGCUCUGCAGCAGAAACACCAGGCACUCGAGGCCGAGAUACAAGGGCACCAGCCACAUUUUGAGGCAGUGUGUAAGGAUGGGGCAAAGCUCAAGUCUGGGGGACAGCUUUCCUCCAAGACCAUCGGUCACAGGGUGUCCACUCUCCAAGACCGCUGGAGGAAGCUCGGGGAAAUGACCACCAGCAGGAAAGCCAGACUCGGAGACGCCGCACAGGCACAACAGUACUACUCCGAUGCCAACGAGGUUGAGGCUUGGCUAAAAGAGAAGGAGCCGCUCGUCUCCAGCCAAAACUAUGGGCGUGAUGAUGCCUCAUCAAAGAGUCUGCUGAAGAGCCACGAGAGUGCAGAGAAUGAGAUACGACUCUACAGCUCUGAGAUUGACAGGCUCAAGGAACUCAGUCGGAAGGUCAUUGAGGGCUCAACAACCACUACACCUCACUACGAGCGAUCUAUCAGUCCAGUUGAUGAGGAACCAGUGGAAGAAGAAGAGUAUGAGGUGGAGUAUGAGAGCGAAGAGUUUGAGACGAGGGAGAUGGAGAGGGAGGUUGAGGAAGAGGUGGCCAUUCCUCAAGUGAAGACCCUCUACCGCUACCAGGGACAGGGCAUGGGGUUCUCCAAGGGAGAGAUCUUUAUCCUCGCCUCAAAGAAAAACAAAGACUGGUGGGCUGUCAGACGGCAGAAUGGACAGGAAGGAUUUGUUCCAGCCAACUAUGUGAAGGAGGUGGACCCCCUGAAAACAACAAAGACAGUCAAGAGAAAGGAGAUGGUGUCUGUCCCUGUAAAGGUGAAGAGAAAGAGGAUGGAGAAAAGAAGAAUUGGCGGGAGGCGAUCUGGAGCCAAAAGACCUGCAAUCGGCAGAAGAACUGGUCCAGGGUUCGGUGGUGGCAAGUCGGACACUCAGAGUGUGCCCGGGAGGCAGCAGGCUAUCAACGGUGCCUAUGAUAAGCUUGUUCAAACUUCCGAGGCUCGCUGCAAGAGGCUGGAAGACAGUGUGAAGCAGUUUGGACUGUUCCGAGAGUGCGAUGACGUCGAAAGCUGGAUCACUGAAAAGGAGGCAAUAAUGGGAGCAGAGGAGAAAGGAAGUCACAAAGAGAGGGUGGAGGCCAUGCAGAAGAAGUUUGACACGUUUGUGACUGACCUGGCAGCCACAAGUGGUAGAGUGAGGGACAUACAUAGCGAGGCAGAGAAGAUGGUGAAGGUGGGGCACUCGCGAGCGAGAGACAUACAAACCAGGCAGCUACAGCUCAAACAGAGGUGGGAGAAACUUCAGAAGCUGAAACAGACCAAGGAGCAACUGCUUGCUCAAGCACAAAGCAUGCUGCAGUUUCAGCAGUUGUGUGACGAGACACUGUCGUGGAUCAAUGAAAAGGACCAGACUCUGUCCACCGAGGACUGUGGUCGAGAUCUUCCCUCAGUGCAGGCUCUCCAGAGAAAGCACAUGGCUCUGGAGAGGGAGUUAGCUCCGGUAGAGGAACGACUCCACACACUCACUGGCACGGCACGACAGGUGGCUUCCGCCAACCCCUCAGAGGCCAAGGCCGUCCGUGACAGACAGAGUGAGAUUACCGCACUCUGGGAGAAUCUGAAGGGUAAAGCAGCGAGCAGGAAAGUACAACUCGAAAACGCCUUUCUUCUACAAACCUUCCUGGCAAACUCCAAGGAACUUCUGACCUGGGCGUCUGAGACUGUGUCUGUACUGUCGUCAGAUGAUCUGGCUAAAGACGUACCUGGAGCAGAGGAGAUGAUGGAGAGAAACCAGGAGAUUAGGGCCGAGAUUGAUGCCAAGAAUGAGAAGUUUGACCACUUGGCUUCCCUGGCAAAGCAGCUGUCACCAUCAAGAGGCAGGGCCACAUUAGGAGGAGGGGGAGGAGGAGGAGGGGAAGAGGAGGUUCAGGAGAGGGCACAGCAUCUGAUGACAGAGAGACAGGCACUGAGGGAAGUGUGGGAGAAGAGAAACAGGAAACUCAAGCAGUGCUGUGAGCUACAGUUGUUUCAGAGGGACUGUGAGCAGAUAGAAGCUGCAACUGGAGCGGAGGAAGCUUUCUCUCCAACGAUGAUCUGGGAACGUCAGUCGACAGUGUCGAAGCGCUGAUCAAGAAGCACUCUGAUUUUGAAGGGACGUCAGUGUCACACGAGGAGAGGACGAGGGCCUUGUCUGAUCAGGCUAACAGACUCAUUCAUGCGGGACACUAUGCCACUGCCAGGGUAGCAGAGCGUCGCGAUGUAGUCAUUGGUCGUCGACAAAAGCUAAAGACAGUCUCUUCGGCCAGAGCUGGGAAGCUGCAGGACUCUCUUGCCUGGCAGAACUUCAGAAGGGAUGCAAAUGAGGUUGGAGACUGGAUUCAUGAGAAGCUGACGGUUGCAACGGACGAGAGCUACAGAGAUCCAACGAACCUACAGAGCAAGCUGCAGAAGCACCAAGCGUUUGAAGCAGAGCGUUCGUCAAACAAGGACAGAGUCGACUCUGUUUGCAAGACUGGGAAUGACCUGGUGUCAAGGGAGCAUUACAACAGUGAGGAGAUCAGAGAGAGGAUCCACACACUCAGUGAAGAGUGGGAGCAACUCACCUCUGCUUCUGCCGAGAAAGGAAAGCGACUGAAAGAGGCGUGGGAAUUGCAGAGGUUCCUGAGAGCAUCAGAGGACGAGCUGGUGUGGUGCAGGGAAGCAGACACCCUUCUCUGCAAUGAUGACAUCGGAAGAGACCUUCAGAGUGUGCGCUUCUUGCUCAAAAUCCACCAGCAACUGGAAACUGACCUAGCCCUACAUCAGGAGCAGCUCACCGCUUUGAGGCAGAAGGCACAGGAACUGGUGGAUCAACACCAUUUCGAGAGUCUUAGCAUCCAGAAGAAAAUCAAGGAAGUGAAUGACAGGUUCUCGAGGCUUCUUGAGCCUGCGUCAGAGCGACGGCAGCAACUGGAGGACUCCCUGAAGCUCCAGCAGUUCUACAGAGAGAUAGAGGGAGAGCUGCAGUGGGUGAAGGAGCACAAGUCCCUGGCAGACUCACCCGACUAUGGCAAGAGCCUUACCGGCGUGCAAAACCUCCAAAAGAAACACCAGGCCCUGUUGAAAGAAGUGUCCAGCUAUGAGGCCAGUAUACAGUCAGUGGAGAGGAAAGCACAGGAGCUGGUGGACUCGGAUCAUUUCGCAGCAGAGGACAUCUCCCAGCAGAUGGCCAGUCUGCAGAGACAGUGGAGGGAGCUCAAGUUGGGAUGUCUGGGAGGAGGACACAGAAACUCAGUGAUGCCCUAGAGGCACAAAAGUACUAUCAAGCUGCCAAUGAAGCUGAUGCCUGGAUGAACGACAAGGCAGGAGUGGCUGCAAACCAGGAUUAUGGACGAGAUGAAGAUGCAGCCGUAAAGGCCCUCAAGAAACACAAGACACUGGAGGAGGAUGUUGAAGGGUAUGUGGUGGUAGUGGAGGAUCUGGAGCAAGAGUCCAAGAGACUAGUCAUGGCUGACCACUUUGACUCGACCAACAUCACUGCAAGACAGGCCCAAGUGGAUGAGCAGCUAGCUGGCCUGCAAACCCUGACAGCGGCACGACGCUCCAAACUAGAGGAAUCGAUUCAGCUACACCAGUACAUUAGAGACGUUGACGAGGUCAUGUCUUGGGUUAGGGAGAAACAGAGUGUGGCUUCUGCCGAAGAAUAUGGGAAGGAUUUUGACCACCUCCUGGUAUUGCAAAAGAAGUUUGAAGAGUUCAAACGCGAUGUCAAUGCUGGUAUGGAACGCUACACAGCGGCCAAUGGUCUUGCCAGGAGGCUAGUGGCUGAAGGCCACUCUGACACGGUCCUCAUCAAAGAGAAGCAGGACACUACGAGGUCGGGCUGGAACAAGCUGCAGGAGAUGAUCCAGUUUCGGGAGAAGAAGCUAGCUCACUAUCAUGAAAUCCACCGGUUCAAUCGUGAUGCUGGAGAAAUCCUCGGAAGAGUAAAGGAUAAGGAGGGCUCUAUUCCUCACGAUGACUUGGGGAAAAGUGUUGCCACUGUUCAAGUGUUGCAGAGAAAGCAUGAGACUUUUGAGAGAGAGGUUUUUGCUCUGGGGAACAAGGUGAAGGAGUUGAACACAGGAGUGUAUUCGUCUCACCACUAGCUACUCUGGAGCCAGCGUCUCAGUGGUGGCUACCAGUAUGGAAGAGAUUCAACUGGCAUGUGACUCCCUACAGGCGGCCUCAUCUGCUCACAAAAAAAGCUCAGAGCUGCUCUCGAACUACAGAAACUACUCAGCUCUGUGAGAGACUUGAUGUCGUGGGUGUGUGACAUGGAAGAGACCAUGUGUAGCGAGGAACCGGCUCGAAGUGUGUCUGGUGCCGAGGCUCUCAUUUCCAAACACAACCAGCACAAAGCAGAGAUUGACACUCGAGAAGACUCGGUUACCCAGGUGGCUAAGGCAGGGAGGAAACUUAUCCAGCAAUCACAUUAUGCCAGUACUGAGAUACGAGAGCGUCUGGCAGAGCUAAAGCAGGAGAGUGAAUCGCUGCAGGAGCUAUGGACACAGCAGCAAGCCAGACUGAACCAAACACUUCAACACCAGCAGUUCAUUAGGGAAGCCAAGUUGAUUGACACCAUGAGCAGCAGUCAUGAGGUACACCUGGCUACCGACAAACUGGGUGUGAGUGUUGAUGAAUGCGAUGCCCUCCUAAAAAAGCACGAUGCCUUUGAGAGACUUAUUGCGUCCCAAGAGGAAAAGGUGACAGCAAUGGUGGAGUUUGGCAAAAGACUCUGCUCCAGUGCCCACUAUGAGCAGAAAGACAUUACUACAAGGCAGCGUGCUGUAUUGCAGAGGAGGGAGAAAGUCAAACAGAGUGCAGUGGCACGAAAAAAUAGGCUGGAGGACUGUCGAAAACUAAUGGUUUUUGUGCAAAACUGUAAUGAAGCUGAGAGUUGGAUCCAGGAAAAGAAGCAAGUUGCAAAUGAUGAAAGUUUUCGGGACCCCACAAAUCUGGAGAACAAACUAAAGAAGCACCAAGAGUUUGAAGCAGAAGUGAAUGCCAAUGAAAUGAGAAUUCAAAACAUUGCUCAGACUGGGGAGUCACUGGUGGAAGGAGAUCACUACGCAUCUGAUGACAUUGAAGCUAGAGUGGAGGAACUGUUUGCCAAGUGGGAGGAGCUACUGGAGGCAACUGAUGCAAAGAGACUGGGUCUGGAACAGGCACUCUCACUGGUCCACUAUAGACGAAAGGUAGAUGUGGUCCAGGCCCUGAUAAGGGACCGUGUUGCUGUGGCUAGCUCUGCUGAGACUGGGAGGGACCUGGAACACUGUGUCCUGCUCAGCCGGAAGUUUGAUGAGUUUCGAACUGAGUUAACAGCAGAUAAGAGCAGAUUGGACGAGGUGAACGAUGAAGCUGUUCGUCUCAUAGCUGAGGGACACACAGGAGAGCAGAUAAUCAGCGAGCAACAAGAUUCUCUUAAUGCAAGGUGGGAAGAGCUGAAUUCUCUGGCUGAGGAGAGGAGAAAGCUGCUGGCUGGGGCUGAACAGGUCCACCGGUUUGUGAGGGAUGCUGUUGAGACUAAUGACCGCAUGAAUGAAAAGGCAAAAGCCUUGUUGACAGAUGACCUGGGAAAAGAUCUAGCAUCAGUUGAAGCUCUCAUUAGGAAACACGAAGAACUGGAGAGAGAUAUUUCAGCUAUUGAUGCCAAGCUAGAGCAAUUAGACCAGGAGGCCCAGAGGCUGAUUGGCGAGCAGCCGGCAAGUCAGCCUCUGAUUGUGGAGAAACAGAGUGAAAUAAUGGAGAACUGGGAACAGCUUACUCAGCGAGCUGACGAGAGGAAGGCCAACUUGGAGCAGUCAAGAGAGCUUCAAAGAUUCCUGGCAAACCUUAGAGACUUGCUGGCAUGGUCUAAAGAUAUACACGACAGGCUGACCAGAGAUGAGCUAGCCAAGAGUGUACCAGAGGCUGAGAGUCUCCUUGAACGCCACCAGGAAAGAAAGGGUGAGAUUGAUGCAAGGGAUGAAAACUUUACCAAAAUCAAAGAAAAGGGAGAGGAGCUGGUGAGAGCUGCUCACUAUGCGGCUAGUGAGAUCCAGUCCCGACUGGUGGGUCUGGCAGAGGAGCACGCUCGUCUCCUGGAAACGUGGAGGAAGAGACAGGAACUGUUCCUCCAGAGCCACUCGUUCCAGGUCUUCCUGAGGGACGCCGAGCAGAGAGAGACGUGGAUUACUACUCAAGAAGCCUUCCUCUCCAAUGAGGAUGCUGGGGAUUCUCUGGACAGUGUAGAGGCUCUCAUAAAGAAGCACCAAGAUUUUGAGAAGUCCCUGGCCCCUCAGGGAGAGAAGCUGAAUGCUCUCGAAGUAUUUUCACAGAAGUUACUGGCUGAAGGUCACUAUGAGAGCGAGGCUGUAGUCACCAGAAGAAACACCGUAGUUCAAAGGUAUGCUCGUCUCCAAGAAAUCUCCGAGAGGAGAGCGAGGAAACUGGCAGAUUCCAUGAAAUUUCAACAUUUCCUACGUGACGUUGAUGAGGCGGAAUCGUGGAUUGUAGAGAAGAUGACAGUGGCCAGUGACGAGAGCUACAGAGAUCCAACCAACCUACAGAGCAAGCUGCAGAAACACGCAGCUUUCCAAGGAGAGCUGUCGUCCAAUAAGGGAAGAGUUGACUCUGUGACUGAGACUGGGGGAGAGUUGAUAGAGCAAAACCACUAUGCUUCUCACGAGAUUGAGGCCAGAAUGGAAGACCUGAGAGCCCACUGGCAACACUUGGAAGAGAAAACGCAGGAUAGAGGGCAGAAGUUGAAGGAGGCAAGUGAACAGCAGCAGUUUAUGAGGGCAGUUGAAGACAUGGAGCAGUGGAUACUGGAUAUGGAGGGACAAAUGUCCUCCGAGGAUAUGGGCAAAAAUCUUUUAUCUGUCAACAUCCUCAUUAAGAAACAUGCUUUGAUAGAGAGUGAAAUCCAAGCCAACCAAGACCAGGUGGAUACUAUCAUGGCACAAGUGAGGGCAUUUCGAGAGGCAGGUCACUUCCAAAUUGAGCAGAUUGAAGACAGGGGCAGAGAGUUGGUGGCAAAGUACUGCCAGUUGGAAGACCCGAUGGCACGCAGACACCAACAGCUUGAAGACUCCCUAAAACUGCACCAGUUCCAGCACGACGUUGAAGAUGAAGUCAACUGGAUCCACGACAGACAACCGCUGGCUUCUAGCUCUGACCUCGGCCGAACACUAGCUGAAGUCCAGAGCCUCCAGAAAACGCAUCUCACCCUCGAAACCGAACAAUCUAGCCACUCACCUGUGCUAGAGUCUGUGGCGAACACUGCGCAGGAGUUGAUUGCAGCAAAGCACUUUGCUUGCGAGCAGAUUCAGGAGCAGAGAGCUAGUCUCCUUGAAAUGUGGGCUAAUCUGAGGGAGAUGGUGGGCCAGAGAAGCACAAUGCUGAGCGAUUCUCUACAUGUCCAGCAGUACUAUGCCAAAGUGUCAGAGGGAAUGUCUUGGCUAAAUCUCAAACACUCGCUUGUGGCUCUGAGGGAGUACGGAAAAGAUGAAGACAGCACUCAGGCACUCAUCAAGAAACAUGAGGCAAUUGAGCUGGACAUUGAGGGGUACGAGGCAAAAAUUGAGGAGCUGCAGGGUGAGAGUCAGAGACUCGUAGAUGGAGGACACUUUGAUAGUGAAACCAUCACAGAGAGGGAGGUGUCACUGACAGCCACCUACUCAGAACUAACCCUGCUUGCCUCCACCCGCCACCACAGACUAGUGGAAUGCAAGCAGCUCCAUAGGUUCAACAGAGACUCUGAUGAAGUCGAGGUGUGGAUUCUGGCCAAAGAAGCCGUGGCACAAAAUGAAGACGUGGGAAAAGACCUGGAACACGUUGAGAUUCUUCAGAAGAGAUUCACAGACUUUGUCCACAAUACGAUGGCGUCUGAGGAGAGAGUCACUCACGUCUGUCAAGUGGCAGACACUCUAAUAGCUGCCGCACACACUGAUUCCAAGAGGAUAGAGGAUCGAAAGAGAGCCAUAUCUCAACUGUGGGAUUCUCUCCGCAACACCAUAGACCUCCGCUCCAUGUCCCUCGCAGUGGCAAAGGAGAUACACACCUUUGACCGUGACUCAACUGACGUUAAGGAAAGAGUGCAGGAAAAGGAUAGUUCUCUGCCAGAAGACUAUGGUAAGGACCUUGCAACUGUCCAAGCUCUGCAAAGAAGACACGAAGGAUUUGAGCGGGACCUUGCAGCACUAGAGAAGCAGGUGUCUCUUCUUUCUCAAGAAGCCAAGAGACUUGCCAACACCUACCCUGAGCGAGCCUCUCACGUGAGAAAGAAGGAACAGCAGACGCUGACAAUGUGGAGGGCACUAAUUGAGAGGUCGACGGGCAGGAAGAACAAGCUGGUGGAAGCUGAGCAACUGCAGAGGUUUUUGAAUGACUUCCGAGAUUUGAGCUCUUGGAUCAGCGACAUGAUAGCUGUCCUGCAGACCGAUGAACUACCCCGGGAUGUAUCUGGGGCAGAGGCCCUACUGCUGAGCCACCUGGAGCACAAGGCGGAAAUUGAUGCUCGGCAGGCAAAUUUCACUGCCUUUGACCAUCAAGGACAGGUCCUAGUUGAGGCUGGACACUACGCCAGUAAAGAGAUCAAGGAAAAGAUGCGUGUGCUGUCAGCCAGUCACAAAGAGCUAAAGGAAGGAUGGGAAGAACAGCGAGUGGAGUUGGAACAAAACCUGGACUCUCAGAUGUUUAAGAGAGAUGCUGAGCAAGCAGAGAUGUGGAUCGCAAUGAGGGAGAGCCUUUUAGGGAGCGAUGAGAUUGGGGACUCAGUGGACACGGUCGAGGAGCUGCUCAGACUACAAGAAGACUUUGAGAAGAUGCUCGCUGCUCAAGAGGAGAAGUUCUCUUCUCUUAGCCGAGAGACCAAAGUGGAGGAGACUCAACGGAGGAAGAGAGAGGAAGAAGAGCGCAAGAGGAAGGAGGAAGAGGAGAGGCAAAGGGAAGAGCAGAGGAGGAGAGGGGAGGAACGGAGAAGCAAGGAAGAGGACCAGAGAAGGGAACUAGAGAGACAGAGACAGAGGGAACAAGAGGCUCAACGGAAACGUGAGUCAGAGAAAAGGGCUGCAGAAGAGCAGAAGAGGAGGGAAAGAGAGGAAAGAGAAAGGAUGGAAAAAGAGCAACAGCUUGCAAGAGAGCUAGAAGAGAGACUUAGAGCAGAGGAAGAGAAACACGAGUACCAACUUUCAAUGCCUGAACCAGAUAUGGAUGGCGUGCUACAAAGAAAGAAUGAACUGGAUGAGGGAGGGAGAAAGGCUGUGAUGAGGUCAUGGAGACAGUACUACACUGUGUUGACUGGACCUUUGCUACACUUUUACAGAGAAAAGAGAGAUUUUCAACAGAAUGCAGCUGCUGCUCCAGCUAUCAACGUCAGUCAUGGAGUGUGUGAGAUAGCAAAGGACUACCAAAAGAAGAAGAAUGCACUUCGGCUGAAGCUUCCAAGUGGAGCAGAGUAUCUUCUGAUAGCUCGUGACGAGGCAGACUUGCUGGCCUGGGUGGAUGCCAUUAACAAGGCCAUACAGAACCAAACAACCGUCAACCCGCUCUCUCAGCCAGGGCACUUUUCUGCAGCCCCAUCCCCGUUGAACCCUCUGAUAUCUGUAAGUGGGCCUGGAGCCUCAUCUGGGAUUGACACACCCCCAGACUCUCUCCCUCCCCCUCCCUCCUCUCUCCCUCCUCCACUGGAUGAUGAGAAGCUGCUAAGCCCACCGUCCGCUAUUCCAUCUGAUGUAGCUGACAUGCAGGCUGGGAAUGGAUCCACAGAACAUCCAUCCCCUGCCGUCUCUUCCCACCAGCCUCACGAGGCUGCUGGAGAUGACAAGAGAAGAAAGAAGGGACGUUUCAAGAUGUUUGGAGCCUCAAGAAAAACAUAACCAUCCAUUUUCAACUGAACACACUGACAUAGAACAAAACUUUAGCAGUUGACAUUUAGGGGUAGCUCUAUACACACAAAGCAGCUUAUUAUACAACAGUACACUAGUAUGAGGAGUAAAAUAGUAGCUAUAUAUAGUAUAUAUGCUGAUAUAAUGAAAAGCACUAAAGUGCAAACCCUCGGCACACUGUGGAACCCAUACACA